AUGGCGAUCGCUUCGGAGGAGUCACCGCUGCUGCCUCCUCAGUCCGACACAGAGUCAGCCAAGGGCCCAACUGCGCCUCCGGUAACAAAGCGAUCGGACCUUUUGUUAAUCUACGGGACAUUCCUAGGUGUUUUCCUUGCAAGCGCGGACGAAGCCCUAGUUAUUUCCACGUACAGCGCCAUCGCAUCGCAGUUCCACCGUCUCUCCCAAGGCCCAUGGCUCCUCCUCGCAUAUAACUUCGGGUACUGCAUAUCGCUGCCUGUGUACAGUGUCCUCGGGGACGCAUAUGGACGCAAGAAUGUCCUCGUUUGGUCUUAUACGAUGUUCGGGGUUAGCUGUCUUGCCUGUGGUGCAAGUGCGACAAUCACCCAGCUGGUUCUAUCGAGGGUGCUCGCUGGCUCUAGCGGUGCUGGCAUGGUAAUUGUGGUUUCGGUCAUCCUCAGCGAUAUAAUUGCACCACAUGAAAUCGCUCUAUAUCGGAGCUAUCAGAAUAUUGUCAACGUCGCCGGCCGCAGUCUCGGUGCUCCCAUCGGGGGCUUUCUCACAGAUACCAUCGGAUGGAGAUGGGCAUUCUAUGGCCAGAUCCCGAUUAUCCUCCUUUGCACGUUGUUUGUCGCAAUUCGCCUCCCUUCCUUCCUGAACGACACCGUCGUCGACGAAGCUGAAGAUCGGGACGAUGAGACAAAGUCCAGGCGGUCGCCCGUCUGGGAGUUGAACUUUGCAGGGAUAUUCACUUUCUCUGGUACUAUUCUGAUACUGCUGUUCUUUCUCGAGACACUGGGAACCCUGAAUGAAGAGAACGUCCUUCAGACUGCGCUGCUGGGACUUGCGUUUGUAUCUGGGUGCAUAAUCUUCAUACUGAUCGAGCUGUUCUGGGCCGAGAAGCCACUUAUUCCGAUUCGGAUUCUGUCAUUUGGGAUUGGGGCCCAUUUUCUCCUCCAGGUUUUACUUCUUGGUGGUCGGUCCGCGCUCGUCUGCAAUCUCGUACCAUAUUUCAUCCGCGUCGAGAACACAAGCGACUUCCUUGCUUCUCUAUGUCAUGUAGUGCUGGCAACCGGUGUCUCCAUCGGUGGUGUUGCUUGUGGUCUGGUGAUUAAACACACAAAACGCUGCAAAUCCAUGACCCUGACCUCCCUCCUCGUCCAAACAACCUGCGCCCUUCUCAUCUUCAUCCAAUGGCGCAACGGCUUCAAACUCUGGUACAGCAUCUACCUCCUCGGUCUCGGUAUCGCGCCGGGGAUCCUCUUCCCGGCAUUGUUCGUCGGGAUGGCGACCUAUGCACCGGAGGGAAAGCUGCAUGUCUGCAUUGGGACGUACUACCUCAGCCAGCAGCUCGGUCUUAUUAUCGGCCCCGCGGCUGGAUCGGCGUUGAAUCAAAAGUUGUUUGCGGCCAGGCUGUGGACGGCUUUGGGGGGGUUGAAGGAUAAGAGUGUUAUAAUACACCGGAUCCUCAACGAGGUGCGAUAUGCGAAUACCCUUCCCUCGGCGCUGAGGGAGGUCGUGAGGUCCAGCUACCUCGACAGUUUUCCGUCUGUGCCGCUUCUUACGAUGGUAUUGUCUGCUGGUAUGAUUCCGAUCGCUGCGGUUCUGAGGGAAGCAGAGGUGUAA